AAAAUAAAAAAAUGCGUUUUGGAAAGUUUUAAUUGGAGUUCCGGGGCUCACGAGACCCGUCCUACUGAGUUGCUAGUUCUGCGCAUACGCGGAAAAGCGAAAGGGUUCUCGUCGUACGGAACAUGGGGUUUUACUACUCUUUAAAGUAAAAACAGCAUUUAACAUACCACAAAAACACGAAUAACGAGUCAGUGAGUUGUUAGCUCCGCUCAGACAAGUAAGUCCAGUUCUGUCCGCGUCUGUGGACUUCACUUUGACUCCCUCCAGGUAAGCUCAUUCUUGUUUACAUGAUUAGCAAACUUGGUGUAACUCCAGACACAGUUUUUGUUUUUCUGUCCUAAAAUAUCUGACUUGUUAGCACUCCGCAGUAAGUUUUUGUGUGACUUCCUGACUCUGACUUGUGUUCCAACUCCUGGGAUGUCUUUCCCCUGGAUCUCCCUGGUGGACCCAACCAGCAACACGUCCAUCAGCUGCUUCAGCUCCAACCAGAGCACGGUCCUCUCCGGACUCGAGUUCGGAGGAAUUCCAGUCGUCCUGCUGCUGAACUUCUGUGUUUUCAUUGUGUUGCUGAUCAUUUUCUCGAUUAUCAGAAAGAAGUUCUGGGACUACGGUCGAUUAGCUCUGGUUGCAGACAGUGAUGGGUUCAACGAGUCAACGCACCGCCGCUACGGUCGUAUGCCAUCCACAGCGUCCAACGUGGAUGACGCCGAGCACGAAUCGGGGUACUUCUCGUGGCUGUCCUACAGCGUCAGAAUGGACGAAGAGAAGAUCAAACAGAAAUGUGGCGUUGAUGCGUUACACUACCUGUCCUUCCAGCGUCAUCUGAUCAUCCUCUUGGUGGUCAUCACUGUCCUUUCCCUCGGAGUCAUCCUGCCGGUGAAUCUGACUGGGAAACUGCUGAGAAAUGAUCCUGUGAGUUUUGGACGGACAACAAUUGGGAAUCUGAGCACUGAGAACGACCUGUUAUGGCUGCACACUGUGUUCGCUGUGAUCUACCUGGCGCUGACCAUGGUGUCGCUGAGGCUGCACACGUCCAAGAUGAAAGACCUGCGCAGGGACAAGGCCAGAAACACCUUGUUUAUUUGUUCAGUCCCUAAAGUGGCAACAGCGGAGGAUGUAAAGGACCAUUUCAGGGAGGCGUAUCCUCAGUGGCGGGUGUGUUCUGUUACUCUGGCCUAUGAUGUGGCCAAACUGAUGCACCUGGAUAAGGAAAGGGUGCGAGCUGGGAAAAACCUGCGGUACUAUGAGCGGGUUCUUGAGAAGACAGGGCUGCGUGGGCUGAUCAACCCGCGACUGUGCAGCAACAUCUGUUGCUGCUCCAGCUGUGAGAAAGUUGAUGCCAUAGAAUAUUACCGUAGUAAAGAAAAGCAGCUGCUGGAGGAAAUGAGGCGGCAGACAGAAGAAGUACCAGAUCAUCCACUGGGGAUGGCAUUUGUCACCCUACAGACCGAAGCUAUGGCUAAGUACAUUCUGAAAGACUUCAAUGCUAUCGAGUGUAGCGGGAUGAAGUGCUGCGGAGGGCGAGAGCCUCAGCCUUCGUCCAAAAGCAAAACUCUGAAAGUGAACCAGUGGCGGGUCAGCUUUGCUCCUCAUCACAGAAGUGUUUAUUGGGAGAACCUUUCAGUACGAGGUUGCUGCUGGUUCAUCCGCUGUAUCGGAAUAAACAUCUCUGUUUUUAUCGUUCUCACCUUCCUGACUACUCCCACCAUCAUUAUUAACACCAUGGACAAGUUCAACGUGACCAAGCCCAUCUACUAUCUUAAUGACCCCAUCAUCAGUCAGUUCUUCCCAACUCUUCUGCUGUGGUCCUUCUCUGCGUUGUUGCCUACAAUAGUGUACUACUCUACACUUGGAGAGGCACACUGGAGCAAGUCAAGUGAACAGCUGAGCAUGAUGCGUAAGUUGUACUUCUUCCUGCUCUUCAUGGUGCUGAUCCUCCCCUCGCUAGGGCUCACCAGUCUUGCUUGGUUUUUCCGCUGGCUGUUUGAUAAAACGUUUCUUGGUGGAGAAAUACGAUUUGAGUGUGUGUUUUUACCAGACCAAGGUGCGUUUUUCGUCAACUACGUGAUCGCGGCCGGCUUGGUGGGAUCUGGGAUGGAGCUGUUGCGGUUGCCAGGGUUACUGCUUUACACCAUACGCCUGAUGGCUGCUCGUUCUGCUGCUGAAAGAAAAUACGUCAAAGAGCACCAAGCCUACGAGUUUGAAUAUGGAGCCAUGUACGGAUGGACUCUGUGUGUGUUCACUGUCAUCAUGGCUUACAGCAUCAUUUGUCCCAUCAUUGUGCCUUUUGGCCUCCUCUACAUGUUGCUGAAGCACCUGGUGGACAGACACAACUUGUACUUUGCUUUCUUGCCCACUCACCUUGACCGCCAGGUCCAUCUGGGAGCUGUCAAUCAAACUCUGGCUGCACCAAUCAUCUGCCUGAUCUGGCUUUACUUCUUCUCUGUCCUCCGAGCAGGUUUCAAGACCUCAACGUCUCUGUUCACCUUAGUGGUGCUGUGCGUCACAGUGGUCUUCUCCCUCCUCAUCACCUGCUUCGGCCAUCUUAAAUACCUCAGCCCCCUUAACUACGAGGUCACGGAGCAGGAUGAGAACACGGCAGAGGGAGUGGAAAAAAACAUACAGCUUUACCUUCCAAGAGUGCUCGACAACAAAUCACCUGUUUGUGCCACAGAAGAGCCUCAGAAAGCGAAGACUUAUGGUUCUACAGAGGGAAGCCCAGUUCACGGCUUCGGUCCAGUGGAGAACACGUCAUCAGAUUGUUGACUUCAUGGAUUUCCACGCUGAGUCAAAACCAGGAAGCUAAGAUCCACAACUCCACUCAAACGUUUGGCGUCGCUUAGAAAGGCUCUUGUUUUUUAUUCAUUUAGACUAAAACGUAAGAAAGGAACAGGACUCACCGCUGUCGCGUCUGAAUGUCUGUUUCUGUAGCUGGAUGUUCUUUUCAGGGUAGUUUUAUCUUUUUGUUUUUUUGUGGGAAACAAAAACUUAUUCAAGUGAUCUUAAUGUUCAGCAGUUAUACCAACAGUUCCAAUUAUCAUCAACAAGUCUCACACACACACACACACACACACACACACACACACACACACACACACACACACACACACACACACACGCUGUUUUAGUUUGAGGGAUUUUAUUCAGUAAAGAAAUGUUUUACUGGAUUUUAUUUUAUUGUAAUUUAGCACUUUGAGUGACUUGAGUUAAACGUCACAAAGCAAAAAAGAGUCACAAACGAAUAUUUUACCAUAAAAAUCUGCCAAUCAGAGCGAGCCACGAUGGUGAACUGAUCAUGUUGAUAAUCACGCGUGUAACACGGACACCAAAGAACCUUCCUGAUGGGGAAAAAGAAGUAAUUUGCACUAUUUGUUUUUGUUACGUUAUAAAAUUUUUGUUUAGAUUAUAUUAACAAAACAAAAUACUUUUAAAUGAGAGUUUGUAACUUAGUCCAUAGUUUCUGUUUUAGUUUCCGUUGUAUUAUGGCCAGUGUUGGGAGUAUAACGGCGUUCUUUUUUAGGUAA